AUGUGCAAUAGCUCGGUAGACUGGAAGCAAGUCUUUUUGCUCCCCGAAGGGCAUAGCCCGGCCAUCAGUGCGCUGAUGUUCUCGGCCGGGGUGCUGGGGAACCUGAUCGCGCUGGCGCUGCUGGCGCGCCGUUGGCGGGGCGACUCUAGGCGCAACGGGGGCUGCGGCGGCAAGUCCAACUCUUUGUUCCACGUGCUGGUGACGGAGCUGGUGUUCACCGACCUGCUGGGGACGUGCCUCAUUAGCCCCGUGGUGCUGGUGUCCUAUGCGCAAAAGAGGACGCUUUUGGCGCUAGGCGCGUGCAAGUACUUCGCUUUCGCCAUGACCUUCUUCAGCCUGGCCACGAUGUUCAUGCUCUUCGCCAUGGCCCUGGAACGUUACCUUUCCAUCGGGCACCCCUAUUUCUACCAGCGCCACGUCACGUGCCGCGCGGGCCUGCUGGUGCUACCGGCUAUCUAUGUCUCGUCCUUGCUCUUCUGCUCGGUGCCGCUGCUGGGACCCGGGGAGUACGGGCCGUACUGCCCUGGGACGUGGUGCUUCAUCCGACCAGAGAGCAACUGGUACCUGAAGCUGUACUCCUCGCUGCUGCUCAUCCUCUUCGUCGCCGUGCUGCUUUGCAAUUGCAGCGUCACCCUCCAGCUCGUCCGUAUGCACCGUCGGAGCCGGAGAACCCGCUGCGGGCCUUCUUUGGGUAGCAGUCGCGGCGGCCCCGGGUCCCGCAGGAGAGUGGAGAGGCUGUCCAUGGCGGAGGAGAUGGACCACCUUAUCCUUCUGGUUCUUAUGUCCCUCACCUUCGCUGUGUGCUCCCUGCCUUUAAUAGUAUUUGUAUAUAUGGAUAAAUUCAAACCUAGCGAUGACCAGUGGGACCUUCUCAGUCUUCGAUUUUUAUCACUCAAUUCAAUAAUUGACCCUUGGGUCUUUGCAAUCCUUAGACCUCCUGUGCUGAGACUAAUACGGUCAGUCCUCUGUUGUCGGGUUUCAUUAAGAACACAAGAUGCAACAGAAACUUCCUCUUCGACACAGUCAAAUGCCAGUAAAUUGACUGACUUCUGUGGACAGUAG